ACGAAGCGGCAUUCAUCUCUCUCUCUCUCUGUAUCAUACAUAGAUGGAAGCUACGGAGAUCGAGACGCGUUCGGACUCCAUAGACGUCUCUCUCAUCUUCCACCUCGUCAACGACGUCCUCGGCUUCGUCCUCUACAUGCACCAGCAGAUUCCCUCAAUUUUGCAGGAUAUGAGUCUUGAAUUUGAUUCGAUGCGUAGUGAAUACAAGGAGAUGGAGGCCGAGCUAGCGCAAGGCGAAAUGAGAGCAUCGUUUAGGAGGAAACAUAAAGGAAGGAUGAGAGAACUUAAGCGGGGAUUUAGAAGUUCGGAGAAGCUGAUGAAUGCCAUCUCCAGUCUCCAAGAUGCCUUGAGACUCGUGGUUAGUGAAAACCCACACAUCCGGGAAAUUCUUCUGGUUCUCGGAGGUAGUCCAUUGAGGCCUCAGUAUGUCUACCGAUUGUGCUUUUUGCAUGGAGAGACGGUUUCAAGGGAUGCAAGUGAUUUCACAAAGAGCAGGGUAGCGGAAGUGCUUUCGAGAAAGGCUGUUCGGGCAUUGACCUCUAGAGGUGCAGGGUCCGGUGGCUAUCCAGGUCCAACAAAGUUGUUUCUCUUGGUCAAAGCUCCAACUUCUUUUAAUCAACCUUUAUAUUUUCUUCCAAAACGUGACUUCAGAUACAACAAGAAGAUUGUACCAUUUUGCCUACGAAUUAAGUGCAAAAGCCAACAGCAGGAGAAAACUGAGAUUAAUCAAGAUCCUCAGACAGGCAUGAGUGUUAGCUCGGAGGAUUGCGGGUCCGAUGAUCUGAUUUGCAGGUUCCAAUGCCGGCAUGUUAUAAAGGGUCUCGCAUCCACAGUGCCAUCAGCAGAAGAAUGAUGCAACUUAUAUCGAGAAAUGUUAUCCAUGCAUGUCAGUUCUUCUUCAGAGCUUCUAUUAGUAGGCCUAUUUUGCCUUGAUGAUUGUCAUCACCCAUAUCUGGUAUUAGUUACUUCUACACCCAUGUUUGGUACCUGCAGUUGAUCUGGCUUGGCAUGAUAUUGAGUUCCUUUCUCUUUUUUGAUUUAUUGCUAGUAGAUAGCCUUGUACAAAUACUCGUCUUUGGUGUUAAGUUUCACCCCGAAUUCUAUUCUUAGCUAUGCAAGUUUGUCUGAUUCUUGAUUCCUGCA